AUGAGGGAAGGCCGGCUCUGCCCGGAGGCCCGGCCCCGCCUGGCCCGCGUCGGAUCCGGGGGCGGGAGCAGCGCCGGAUCCCGCGCGGCCAGAGCGGGACGGGGCGCCGGGACCGGGGUCCGCGCCGAUGGGGUGGGCCGUGCCGCCCCCGCGGAGGGAGGAGGCCUGUGCAGCCGCCGCGCCGCGCUCACCUGUGCCGCCCGCGCCAUCGCGAGCCCCGCCGCCGGCGCCGCGCGACUUCCGAUGGCCCCGGCCCCGGCAGCCCCGCCCCGGGCCGAACGGCCCCCGCCCUGGGAAAGAUGGUCUCUCAUAAAUCUGGCCUGUUCACUUUGUAACACUGGAGAUUUGUUUAGUUGUACGUUAACCCCAUGUGUUUUGUUGAAGGUCUCAAGAUUCUGCCCUCCACGGAAAUCUUGCCAUGACUGGAUAGGACCUCCAGAUAAAUACUCAAACCUUCGACCUGUUCACUUUUACAUCCCUGAAGACGAAUCACCAUCAGAGCAAAAGCUGAGAGAAUUAAGACAAGAAACACAAGAAUGGAACCAGCAGUUCUGGGCAAACCAGAAUGUGACUUUUCGUAAGGAAAAAGAAGAAUUUAUUCACUCAAGACUACAAGCCAAAGGCCUGGCACCGAGAGCUGAGUCAGGUCAAAAAGCAACAUUGAAUGCAGAAGAAAUGGCUGACUUUUACAAGGAAUUUUUAAGUAAAAAUUUUCAGAAGCACAUGUAUUACAACAGAGACUGGUACAAGCGUAAUUUUGCCAUCACCUUCUUCAUGGGAAAAGUGGCCCUGGAGAGGAUUUGGAACAAGCUUAGACUGAAACAAAAGAAGACCAGCGAUUACAGCCCACCCUGACCCGCCUGCCGAGGGCCAAGCUCCCAUGAGAAGCGGCUGGUCUAGGGGUGCGUUUUACGAAAGCACCUAAAACCUGUAAGUGACCUGAGCCCCACUCCUUUAUGGGGGCCCUCGGCUUACGUCGUUGCAGAGUGGACUGGGAGAACAUGGGUCCUGGUGUACCAUGGCCCACGUGGCGUGGCCCUUGACUGGCUUGGCUCUGACUCUUGGCCACAGAAGCAACGUUAAAUAAAACCCAAGCACUGUG